GUAGGUAUGAAGUGUAUCAGUGUGUGAUUGAACACAGUCAGUUGAAGGGUAGGAAGCUACAGGACAGAGUCUGUCAGUCAGUAGUGGUGGUGCUCAGAGUAGUUUUGCUUGGACUCUGGUGUGACUACAAAGUGUUUUGGACAUAUUGUGGGUUAUUGUGGGACAUAUAACCAUUAACUGUGAUCCCGAGGUGACCGUGAAGCACAAGACAUGCUGCUAAGACUAGGUCUUCUCAGCCUACUGGCCCUCUCUCCAUCUCUGGCUGCCCCACACCAAGGCUCCUUCCCUGGAGUGGAUUCUCCCCACAGGAGAUCCAGAAACAACAAGCUGCUGCUCAUCUCAUUCGAUGGGUUCCGUUGGGACUAUGACAGGGACGUGGACACCCCUCACUUGGACGCGAUGGGCCGGGACGGCGUCAGGGCUGCCUACGUCACACCCCCCUACCUCACCAUCACCAGCCCCACACACUUCACCCUGCUCACAGGCCGGUACAUAGAAAACCAUGGAGUGAUCCACAAUAUUUGGUUCAACACUACGACCCAGGAGAAGAAACAGUACUACAUGACCCAGUUUGUGGAUUCCUACUGGGACAACGGGAGUCUGCCCAUCUGGAUAACAGCUCAGAGACAAGGUCUGAAGGCAGGCUCCCUCCACUUCCCCGGCACGGCCGCCACCUACAAAGGUGAGAGAGUAAAGGUCAGCCAGGUGGAACCUCGUUUCUAUGAGCACAACAAUGAGACGGACUGGAGGAUCAAUAUCGACAAGGUGAUUGGUCAGUGGUUCUCCAAGGAGGACCUAGACUUUGUGUCUUUGUACUUCGGUGAACCAGAUGGAACGGGACACAAGUAUGGACCAGAAUCCCCGGAGCGCCAGGAGAUGGUUCAACAAGUGGACCGGACCGUGGGAUAUAUCCGCGAUACCACCCGGAAUCACGGCCUGUCUGAUCGGCUCAACAUCAUUAUCACUGCUGAUCACGGAAUGACCACUGUGCUCCGGAAUGGCCUGGUCGACGAGAUCAUCCUGUCCAAGAUUCCAGGAUUUGACUUCCGGGAUAUCAAGUUCCAACUGGUAGAUUAUGGACCAACAGGAAUGCUUCUUCCCAGAGAAGGAAUGCUGGAGAAGGUGUACCAGGCCCUGAAAGGGGGCCACCCUCACCUGCAUGUGUAUAAGAAGGAGGACAUGCCUGGUAGGCUUCACUAUAGUAACCACCCUCGCCUCCUGCCCCUGAUUCUCUUCGCUGAUCAAGGAUAUGUCAUCAAUGGCUUUUUCCCAGUCCAGUUCAACAAGGGAGAGCAUGGCUAUGAUAACCAGAUGAUGGACAUGAAGCCGUUCUUCAGAGCUGUGGGGCCUGACUUCCAGAAGAACCUGGCUGUGGGACCCUUUGAGACGGUGAACGUGUAUCCGCUGAUGUGCCACCUCCUGGGCAUUAAACCGGAGGUCAACGAUGGGUCCCUGGAGGUCACUCGCCAGAUGCUGGUUCCCAAGAAGGACCAGGGAUCCUAUGAGAACAGGGACAUCCAGUGGGAAGUCUUCAUCGGCCUGACAUCGGUCGCUGGUAUAUUAGCUCUGGUGUUUGUUGUCACCACAGCUCAUGCCAUGUUGAAAAGGACUCAAAUGGACAGGAGAUCUGAAGUCACCCACGAGGAUCUCAAUGAAAAAGAGUCUGAUAAACAAACCUCCUUUUGAAAACCAUUACCUUUGUGGGAAGUCAUUUGUUUAACAAGUUAUUGGGCUUCUGUGUGAUUUGAGUGCUAAUAUCCUAGUUUAACCAAACAGAAUGUUGUUUUAAUACCAAUGCAAUAUAAAUCUGUAUCAGUGUAUCAGGAAGGCCAACAUCCUAACUCUAACCCUAGCUCUAACCCUGGCUUCAUGUCCACACCCGGUUCAACCAUACAAUAUGUUUCAAAACCAAUAACAAGCUUAUUGAUUAUGCUGCACUCGUUGUGUCUAGGGGUCUAAGGCCUACACGGUCAGUAACCUGAUUUUUAUGUGUGCAUAAAUGUGAGAGGUAUGUGUAUACGACCAGGUGUCGGAUGCAUGUACCCAGAAGAUAGCAACCUUAACUUGGAGCUAUACAGUAGAGCUAUGCAAACACCACAAUCGAGUUCCUUUGAACACUGAGUUAAAUGGGGAACACUGCAGCAUAUUAAAUAUUUAACACUUUCAAAAGUGUUAUUUUAACACCAGUACAGUGGACUCAUCUGUUCACUGAAAAUAGUAUGUUUUACACUUUCAGAGUUAAAGGUAUACCAUUGAUUGUACUGUGCAGCUGCCCAAUCAGAUUAUUGUUAUUUCUAAAUGGUGACCAAAAUACAUACAGUACUGUAUAUACAAAAAUAAUCCAAAGGCCACAUCUCCACCAAGAAAAAAACCUACAGCCUCCCAAGUCUGCAAGCUUACACACUAAUCUCCCCUACAAAGGCUAAAUGCAGUAAGUAACUACCCUUUUGGUCAAAAUUAAUGUAAGACUGAAAUCAGGCUCUGCAGCAUCUGUAUUUUAUUCUUGUGACAAUGUGUCCGUCCUGGUUCAAUUUUGUUCAGUCAGACAAAAUGGAAUGUGAAAUUUGCAGUAACUACAAAAUACAAGUAGAAACCAAGGCAAACAGCAGCAACUGAAGUUACUGUACUUUGGCUUAGUUCCAGCAUGUUUUGACUGCAGUAACAACACUACGGUUCAAAAGUUUGUGGUCACUAAGAAUUGUCCUUGUUUUUGAAAGAAAAGCAAUGUUUUAUCCAUUAAAAUAACAUCAAAUUGAUCAGAAAUACAGAAUAGACAUUGUUAAUGUUGUAAAUGACUAUUGUAACUGGAAACUACAGAUUAUUUUUUUUGGGGGGGGGGGGUAUCUACAUCGGCGUACAGAGGCCCAUUAUCAGCAACCAUCACUUCUGUGUUCCAAUGGCACGUUGUGUUAGCUAAUCCAAGUUUAUAAUUUUAAAAGGCUAAUUGAUCAUUUGAAAACUCUUUUGCAAAUAUGUUGGCUCAGCUGAAAACUGUUGUUCUGAUUGAAGAAGCAAUAAACUGUCCACCUUUAGACUAA